AUGGCUGGCCCUACUCCUAGAAUUAUGAAAGAAACUCAAAAGCUUCAAACAGAGCAAGUCCCUGGUAUUGAUGUAGUUCCAAAUAAGGACAACUUCCGUCACUUCUACGUAAAGAUUCAAGGUCCUGAUAACACUCCUUAUGCUGGUGGUAUCUUCACUGCUGAAUUAUUAUUACCCGAAUAAUAUCCUAUGAAUCCUCCCAAAGUUAUUUUCUGCACCAAGAUUUAUCAUCCUAAUAUUGAUAACCUUGGUAGAAUUUGUUUAGAUAUUUUGAAAGAUAAGUGGUCUCCUGCCCUCUAAAUUCGUUCUGUCCUCCUCUCUAUUUAGGCUCUCCUUUCAUCCCCCAACCCCGAUGAUCCUUUAAAUAACGAAGCUGCUGAAUAAUGGAAAAAUGACGAACAAAAUGCUUUGAAAAAAGCCAAGGAAUACACUUAAAAGUAUGCUACAGGAAAGUGA